AUGGCUUGUACAUCUCAAUCAGCAGUAGAGUACGUCAAGAGGGCCAGACGCCACCUGGUGAGAACUUUGAAGGGGCUCACUGUGAUUGUGGAGAACCUGUACCAGAAAGGAGUUUUCUCAGAGGAAGAAGUCAGUAAAAUAAAGACAGAGGGUGAUGACUUUGAUAAAACCAGAAGAAUUGUGGACUCUGUCAUAAACAAGGGGGAAGCAGCUUCCUAUGAGUUUCUCAGGAUUAUUGACACAACAAGAAAGAGGUCCACAGAGAGGCCCCCACCUUUUCAUGAAAAUACACAGUUGACUUCCUCGUCACGAGACACGUUUGACCUGAACUACUGGAUCAGCUGUUUUUCUUUUAACGAGGACAUCAACACGGACAUAAUACAAGGCCCUAAACCGUGCCACAGAUACCAGCUGAAAUUGAAAUCAGAGGGUCAAAAGAUUUCAGGAAGAUCAUGGACCAAAAGCAAAGCAGUUGUGUUCAACAAGCAGAGCUCCUUGUCCUACACUUCACUUGUGUUAGACACAAAAGGACAGGCUUCACCAUCCAAAAUAAAAAAGUCAAAGAUCAAGAAAAGCAGGAAAGUUCGUACUAAAAAACUAAAGACCUACAUACCUGAGGACAAACCAGGAACUUCCCCUGAUGAACUGCUGAAAACAUAUCAGAAAAACAUCCUUUUAGUUGGUAAACCUGGAGUUGGGAAGACGGCUGUGGUCCAUCAGAUGUUGAAGCUCUGGUCAGAGAAAGAUAAGGAUCUAGAUUACAUGUUCUACUUUGACAUGAGAGAAACACCCACCAUCACAGAGGUCCGUAAACUGGAGGAUCUUCUCUUUGGUGUGUUCAGUGAACCAGAUGAAGGCAAAGACGAGGUUUUAGAGGACAUAAAGAAAAAUGCUGACAGUGUUACUUUCAUUUUUGAUGGAGUCACAGAUGUGCCCUCUACAUCUGUGGUGUUUAAGCUCAUUCAGAAGACCCUCCUACCUGAAGCAAAGAUCAUCAUCACCUGCAGACCAGAGGAUGAGUCAGCAGACUUCCUGUUAGAUUGGGAUUGUCUCAGAGUGGAAGUGAAAGGCUUCAGUGAACAGGGCAUCAGAGAAUAUUUAUCCAAGAAUCUGAGUGAGGAACACUUGAACCAAGUUUUGUGUAACUUGGAGUUAUUCACUCUUUGCCACGUCCCCAUGUAUGCUCUGAUGGUGGCUGCCUGCUUCAGCUUUGAGGGCUCAGAUGUCUCUCCACAUCCCUGCACAGUUACAGAAAUAUACCUCAAUAUCCUCCACAUCUGCAUUCAGAGAAAUGGUUGCAAGAAUUUGAAAAAUCAAACCAGCCAGUGCAAUGCAAUCCUGUCUUUAGCUGAGGCUGCUUUUUGUGCAAUAGAAGAAAAAAAUGUGAACCUAUCAUCACUGUCCCAGCUUGACAGCUGUGUUCAUUUGUCCUUUUUGAAUACGCUUCUAAUUCAAGUCGGUCCAACUGUAAAGAAAGCCUCGUGUGCCUUUCUCCACUACACAGUUCAGGAGUUUUUUGCAGCGCUGUGGGUCUUGAAGGAUCCAGAAAGAACCAGAGGUGUUCUCCAACAGUGUCUCACUGAGGACACGAAACACAUGAAACAUUUGGUCCCUUUCUUGUGUGGACUGUUGAAUGAGAAGAACACUGAUUUGCUAGAAAGUCUGAUUCCUUCUCAGCAGCUCAGAGACACAUCUGGCUGGUUGUUCAAGGACUUGGUGAACACCUUUGUAGAUUGUAGUGACACUGAGGACUGUGAAAUCGACCUGCUGUUCAUAUGUCAGUGCCUCUGUGAAUCUCAGUCUCCUGAAGCCUGUCUCUAUCUUCUGGAUAAACUGGACUACGGUUUUGAUCUGAGUGGGGAGACUCUUGAUCCUCAGCAUUGUUCUGCCAUCUCCUAUGUGAUCAGCCAGCAUAAGGAGAGGAAAAUGCAGCUAAACCUGGAGGGCACAAAGAUAUCAAACCAAGGACUGAGAGCGCUAUUAGGAUGUCUCGACAAACUCCAAAGGAGUCACGUCUUGUCACGACAGAUGUGGACCAUUUGUCUUCUCAGUGAGGAGCAGGUGGAUUACAUCAGCCUACUUCACUUCACUGAGAACCAGCUGCACCUUUCAGUCAACAGUAAAACACAACUCUAUGAACGAGCUGCAAAAGUCCUGCAGAAAAGUGCUGAGAAGCUUAAAGUCUACCUCCACUGGGAUCAGAGAAGUUCUGUUUGCCCAACUGUGAGCGAGUUCCUCUUACAGUGUUUACCCUGCAUCCACUCACUCAGUUUCUGUCGGUCAUCAGAAAUUCUCUCACAUCAAGCUGAGUUCUUGAUGAAUCUCUUCAUUGGAGCAGCAGAGAGAGAACAGCAGACAGGAGAGAAGAUACUGGAGCUGUUAUCAUCAGCGUGCAGAUAUGAAACAUUAAUUUGUAACAACAGGGAUAAAAAAUGUCAGUGUGAUUUCCUGCUGGAUCUGUACUCCCAUGCAAAGGACCAUGAGACUCAGACAGGUCUGAGUGUCCUUCCAUCAUUACAGUCAGUUCUUCCAGCUCCUGCAGUCUGGUUCAUAAACCUCUCAGAGAGAAAGGCCUCCAUCCUCCUGGAAGUGCUGAAACUCCAACCAGAGAAGAAACAAGUGGAGCUGAGAGGCUGCUCACAGGAAGAGAGUGAAGUGAGGAGUUUCCUGCAGUGUCUGCCUUAUAUCUCACAGCUCAGUGUUGAUCGUUGGAGGUCACAUGAAGAAAUGAGGUUCUUUGUGAAUCUGUUCUGUGCAGCAGCAGAGAGAGAACAGCAGACAGGAGAGAAGAUACUGGAGCUGUUAUCAUCACUGUGCACAUAUCAAACAUUCCCUUAUACUGACACAGACAUGGAUCCGUGUGAUUUCCUGCUGGAUCUGUGCUCCCAUAUGAAGGACUAUGAGACUAAAACAGGUCUGAGUGUCCUUCCAUCAUUACAGUCAGUUCUUUCAGCUCCUGCAGUCUGGUCCAUAAACCUCUCAAAAACAAAGACCUCCAUCCUCCUGGAAGUGCUGAAAUUCCAAUCAGAGAAGAAACAAGUGAAGCUGAGACGCUGCUCACAGGAAGAGAGUGAAGUGAGGAGUUUCCUGCAGUGUCUGCCUUAUAUCUCACAGCUCAGGUAA